GCUCGGGUUAAACCCAAAGUUGUGAAACUGGGCCUAAGAUCGUUUUGCCGCUUUUUAAUUCCUAGGGAAUUCGCCUUCGUGCGCAGGCCGUACGGGUUUCGUGGCAAAAGUGCGCCGGAAAGUUCUGCCGGAAGCGUCGUACGCUCGGCAGGCAAAGAAGUAGGUUAGAUUCUUAGACAUCUAAUCAGAACGUCUGUUAUCCCUCGUAGACGCCAAAGUGAAAUGCCGGACCGUUCAUCGCAGGAUUCCUACUUGGAACGUACCUUUUCACAUCUGUCUCACCCUUAACCGAACGAAAAUGUCGAGCGAGAGUAAAGGCUAUCGCGGGGUGCCACCUCGCUGGCUCGACUGCCCGCGCAAAGCGAUGAAGCUGAUCCAGGGUAAGUUUCUGGCUUUCAAAACGCCUCUGUCCUCGGCUUACGACAGCCAGGUGUCCGAGGGAUGUCGCUUUACCCUUGAUAUGCUCUUCGACUAUCUGAAAAGUGAGAAACUAAAGAUGGGUCUGUGGAUUGACCUGACCAAUACGUCAAGGUUUUACAAUAAGGAAAGUAUAGAGGAUUACAAUUGUAAAUACGUGAAACUGCAAUGCCGUGGCCAUGGCGAGACCCCGUCUGAGGAGCAGACUCGCGCCUUUGUCCAGCUUUGCAGCAAUUUCAUUGCUCACAAUCCACUGGAGAUCAUUGGUGUGCAUUGCACGCAUGGUUUCAACAGGACUGGUUUUCUCGUAAUUAGUUACAUGGUAGAGGUAGACGGUACCAGUGUUGACGCUGGUCUAGCGGAGUUUGCCACUGCAAGGCCACCUGGAAUUUAUAAGGGUGAUUACAUAAAGGAAUUAUAUAAGAGGUAUGACGACGAGGAAGAUGCUCCACCACCACCCGCAAGACCGGCAUGGUGUCUGGAAUACGACGAUGCCAACGUCCCGGACUUGGACGAGGGACCAAGCACAGAGAACGAAAGUUGUGAGGAGGAGAAAAGUGGCAAGAGAAAGAGACGCGAGAACUCUUUUAAUAGAAAUCCAGUGUUUAUGGCUGGUGUACCUGGUGUUACUCCUAUACUAGAAAAAAAGAAGCUAUUCGGAAUCCAGAGGCGAGUCCAGGAGAUCUGUGGUUGGAAGGAUUCAGGAUUUCCAGGUUCUCAGCCUGUAUCCAUGGAUUGCGACAAUAUAAUGCUGUUACACACAAAGCCAUAUAGAGUAUCUUGGAAAGCUGAUGGUACAAGGUACAUGAUGCUAGUACAAGGUGACGGAGAAGUAUUUUUCGUAGACAGGGACAACUGCGUUUUUGAAGUAAAUGGCUUGAAAUUUCCACAUGGACGAGAAAACCGAAGUCUGAGAGAUACUUUGAUGGAUGGUGAAAUGGUAAUCGACAAAGAUAAGGGUAAAAAUAUUCCUAGAUAUUUGGUGUAUGACGUUAUUAUGUACGACGGACAGGAUGUUAGUAAAUUACCAUUCGAUCCUGAUCGUUAUUCCAUUAUCGAGACUAAGAUAAUCGCCGGUAGAAACAAAGCUAUGAGGGAAGGUCGAUUGAUAAAAGAACGGGAGCCGUUCUCAGUGCGACUGAAGUACUUCUGGGAUGUGACUCAGAGCAAGAGUCUGUUGGGCGAGAAAUUUGCUAAGCAGCUCUCUCACGAACCGGACGGUUUGAUAUUUCAACCUGCCAAGGAGAAAUACUGCACGGGAGUGUCCAGGGAGGUCUUAAAAUGGAAGCCGCUAUCGUUGAACUCUGUAGAUUUUAAAUUGAAGAUCGUCACGGAGUCAGGUGUGGGGAUUGUGCCACGAAAGAUCGGUCAUCUUUAUGUGGGUGGAUUGAGUACGCCGUUUAGCACAAUAAAGAUCACCAAGCAGAUAAGAGACUUGGACAACGCUAUUGUCGAGUGUAAAUUCGAAAAUGGUCAAUGGGUCUUCAUGCGUCAGCGAAUAGACAAGUCGUAUCCCAAUUCCGUCACAACCGCCGAGUCUGUGUGCAAGAGCAUCAACAAGCCGGUUACAAAGGAGCGGCUAUUGGAUUAUAUCGAGAGAUACAGAUUUGCACGGGAUGACGCAGAUCUUAUGCCACCACCAAACAAAAAAUCUAAACUAUCUUAAAUGCAUUGUAUCAUUAUCAUUAUUAUAUUAUUAUCAAUCAUAAAUGUGUCGCGAUUUUUACAACGCGAUGUUUCAACAAUUGUCCAAGGAAUGAAGACUUAGAACGAUCUAUAUUUAUUUAAUUAGAAUUACAGACAAUUUUAGUUCCGAGGAACUUAAUUUUAGUCCGCUAUAGUUACAACAAAUUUUAAUUGAUUUUUUAGGAAUGUUAAAUAGGUUGAAAAUAAUUGUAUAAUAUCUACUUGCCUACUAUAGAAUAGAGAAGAAAAGAAUAAUGAGCAUCAUGAAUAAUAGACCAUUCACUAGAGGUCCUCCCAGCGUAAUUAAUUACGUAUUUAAUUUUGUGAUAAAAAAAAGAACGCGCUGUUCUUAAUCAGGAUUAUUUUUUAUCAAAAUAUUUCAGUUU